UUAGAAAAUAACACCUGUUAAAAGACCUAAUUUUGUUUUUAACACCUUAAGAUUUCGAAGUUUAAUUAUAACACCUGUUAAAAAAUAAAAAUUUUGCUUUCACCACCAGAUAACAGAAACUGUGACGGAAUUUUUUGGUGGGGCCCACAUAGUCGUUUACCCUCCAAAUUCCAUCCCCUUCAAUUCGAAUUUAUCUUCUCUGUCAUUUAUUACCACCCAACUAAUUUUGCUUCAUUGAAUUUCGUCUGCAAAUCUUGAACAACCAAAAUUACUGCGAACAUUCAAACCCUAUACUGAUUAUUGUGAUUGAGAAAUUGAGUUGGAAGAGGAGGUGUCAAUAUUGGAGCGAAACAAGUCAGCGAGAUUCCGUCAGCCAUUUCCAACAUCCAAAAAGCUUGGACUUUUUCGUGGAUUCUGACAGCAACAGGAGUAAGAUUCCAAUACAGGUAGAAAAAUGGCCGACAACGAAGAUGGAUUAAUUGAUAUAGUAUUUAGAGUAGGGGGUGCUUUUGUUACUAAACAAGUGUCAAAAUCAAAGCAUUUGCUUUGUUGGUGUGGUGGGUUAUGUUAUUGGAGGAGGGAUGUGGUAGUGGAUAAGAUAGAUUUGCAUUAUUUGAGGGUAGCUGCUGUGCAUGGGUUUGUGAACUUUAAUGUCCAUGUCCCACCUAACUACAGACUUUGGUAUAAAGAAAGAGGUAGGACCUUUAACACAGGGAGAAGGGAGUUAGUAAAUGAAGAGGAAGUGAAGGGGCUGCUGGAGACAGUGAAUGGGGAAGGGUAUGUUGAAGUAUUUGUGACUGCUAAUGAAACAUUAAGGCCCAUACAUGAGAUCCAGGCCCAGUCCACUCCAGUAAAGGCUGAGAGAAAGGGGAAGAAAAGUUCAGGUAAGCCUGCUGUAGUUAGGAAGAGCCCAAGAAUUAACAAAAAUGAGCCUAAGGUGAGGGAGGGUGAAGAAUCUCCUAAACCUAGAUCUAGACAGGGGAUAGAAAGGGUUGAAGGGGUUUCUGCUGAGAUUAAGGGGGUUCCUGGUAAAGGGAAGUUGUUGAGUAAGGGGAAACAAAAGGGUAAAGCUAAGCUUGAAAGGGGUGCUGGCAGUGUGAAGGUGUUGGAUAAGGGAAAGGGAAAAAAAAUCUGUAGGCAAAGGAUUGAUUUUUGAGGAUAGUAGUGAGGGCAGUGAGACUGGGAGGGAAGAUGAUU